AUGACUACAUACACAGAUGAUAAUGUUGUUGAAGAGCUCUACAAACUUAUGGACUUUCAAACUAAGGUGUUUCUCGUGCAUAUGUCAAAAGCUCCCAUGUCGAAACUUCUCAUCAAUGUAAAAAGGUUAGGAAUGAUGAGUGAAGGGUAUGCUUCGUUUGUGACAGCAUCUACUAUGAACCUCUUGAGUUCUAUAGACUCAUAUGUAAUAGGUUCCAUGCAAGGUUUAGUAGGUUCCAAGUCUAAUAUUCCUGCAACAAAAGAUCUUCAGAAUUUGGCUUUAAGACUUAGAAGGAAGUUUUCCAUUGAGUUAAGUGUCUAUGGCAUUUGGGCAUAUGAUUCAAUUUGGGCUCUAGCAGAAGCAGUUGAGAGGGCAAGGGAUUAUAAUAAACUUGUUUCAAGCAUAAAAAACGGUUCACUACUUGUGGAGGAGAUUUUGAGAAGCAGAUUUUUCGGUUUAAGUGUGUUCAGUGGCUUCUGCAUAGAGGCAUUCAUGCUUGCCAUUAGAAAAUUACCUUAUCCAGUAGAAGUUGAAUUCAUCCCAAAUGGAGGAACAUAUAAUGAUCUUGUUUAUCAGAACUUUGGUGGUGCUAUGGGUGACAUAUCGAUCACGUGGGAGAGAUCCUUAUAUGCUGAUUUUACAAUAUCACAUACCAACUCAAGUUCUAUUGCUAUGGUGGUACCAAACCAGAGCAGCAAAAGAAACAUGUGGAUUUUCUUGAGUCCUCUUGCAGCAGAUCUUUGGAUAACAACAACGGGAUUCUUUAUCUUAACUGGAUUUAAGCUAUAUAGUUCACCUGAAGAAUAUGCAGAAGCUUUAUCCAAAGGUAGUAAGCAUGGUGGUGUUUCUGCUAUAGUUGAUGAAGCUCCAUACAUCAAGCGAUUUGUUGCCAAGUAUCCUAGUGAUUACACGUUGAAGACUAUGCCCAUGUCUAAUAUAAGUGGUUUUGGCUAUGUUCUGAGAAAGUACCUUUUUAAUAAGGUUUCUGUUGUUUUUGUGACUCUAAAUUACUGA